UAAGAAUGCAGAGCCGCGAGCCAUUCUCGUCCAGUAGCGCAUUUCCGUCAUUCUACCCAUGAGACUUCACAACUUGCCCCUCCUUGUCGUCGUUGCCCUUGCCACCAUGGGUGUCCUGUGCCGACCGCAAUAUGCGGCGCUCAUUCCCAACGGCGAUAACGUCGACGGGUACCCGGCCGUAGGCCACACCAACGACGCCGGCGGCGGGGACCGAAAUGCGUUCGGAAAGGACUUUAGCUCGGCCGGGAGCUGGACAGUCGCGCUGUGCAAACUUGACUCGGACGGUGAUGGACUGACCAAUGGUCAGGAGCUGGGCGAUCCAUGCUGUGUGUGGGUCAAGGGCACCACGCCCAACCAAACGGUAGCACUGUCAAACCCUGGACUGACGGGGAGCACCCGCGAUCGAGCGUUGGCAACGUCCGUCACAUGUCCUGACGGUAGCCCCGCGGCAUCACUUUAUGCUUCGUCGUGGCUGGUAUCGGGGAUUGUAGCUGGCGUCUUGGCUGCUACCUUGUAAAGCUAACUGAAAUUAGUCAAUGAAAAUCAAACGCAAAACCCGUGGAUUUGUUGUGCCGGACAGCAAACGCACAGCGAUGGCUUGAAGGCAGUAUAGGGCAUCUCAUACACUACCCUUGAGUGUAUUUUUGAAAAAUGCGAUGGAACAACGUCG